GCCAGCCAGCCAGCCAGCCAGCCACCUACCCACCUACCCACCUACCCAGCCAGGAACAGCUGUGCCGUCCAUCCAGCCGGGAACAACCCGUGCCCUGUCCCCACUGCCGCUGCCGGUCUGCUUCUGGGAAAAAAAGCUCCUGCGGACCCGUCCUCCACCCUAGCAUGGGAUGGGUGAGCCCUGCGAGCGCGGUGCCUGCUCGCCGGCCGCUGGCAUGAAGGAAGGAGCGGACCGGGAGUCCUGGGACGCGCCGCUGGGUUUCCUGGAGGGCGUUCAGAUGGACAACAGGAGCAACGUGUCCUUCCUGCAGUUGUUAAAGAACAUCAACCUGGAGCGAGCUGACGGCAUGCAGGGGGACAGCUCUGAUGUGGUGAGAAUUGUCAUCUCGCUCGUGUACUCCGUAGUGUGCGCCCUGGGGCUGGUGGGCAACCUACUGGUGCUCUACCUGAUGAAAAGCAAACAAGGCUGGAGAAAAUCCUCCAUCAACCUCUUCGUGACCAGCCUGGCAGUGACUGACUUCCAGUUUGUGCUGACCUUGCCAUUCUGGGCAGUGGAGAACGCGCUGGACUUCAACUGGCUCUUUGGCAAGGCAAUGUGUAAGAUUGUCUCGUAUGUGACAGCCAUGAAUAUGUAUGCCAGUGUAUUCUUUCUCACUGCCAUGAGUGUGGCUCGAUACCGCUCUGUGGCUUCAGCCUUGAAGAAUCAGCGUCGAGGAGACCCCCUGGGUGGCUGUUGCUCUGCCAAGUGGCUUUGUGCACUCAUCUGGCUGUCAGCUGUCCUGGCUUCCCUGCCCCAUGCCAUUUUUUCCACCACUGCCACUGUCUUUGAUGAUGUUCUCUGCCUUGUCAAGUUUCCAGAAGGCCGAGGCAGCAAUGGCCAAUUCUGGCUGGGUCUGUACCACAUCCAGAAGGUGCUGCUGGGCUUUGUGGUGCCGCUGGUCGUCAUUAGUCUCUGCUACUUGCUCCUGGUGCGCUUCAUCACUGACAAGCACGUUGGCAGCACUUGCAGCGGCCCCAGCACCAGGCGCCGCUCCAAAGUGACUCGGUCAGUGUCCAUCGUGGUGUUGUCUUUCUUCUUGUGCUGGCUGCCUAAUCAAGCACUUACAACAUGGGGGAUACUCAUCAAACUCAACGUAGUGCACUUCAGCAAUGAGUAUUUCCUCUCCCAAGUGUACCUCUUCCCCAUCAGCGUGUGCCUGGCACACUCCAACAGCUGCCUCAAUCCCAUCCUCUACUGCCUCAUGCGCAGGGAGUUUCGCAAGGCACUGAAAAGCCUCCUCUGGAGGAUCACCUCACCCUCCCUCACCACCAUGCGCCCUUUCACUGACACCACCAAGCCUGAGAAGGAGGAGCAGGCUCUGCAUGCCUUGAUGCCUGUCCACCCUGUCACUGCUGCUUCCCCUGCUGCCACCAUCCAGCCGGAGGUGGCUUAUUACCCACCCGGGGUGGUGAUGUACAGCAGCCGCUGUGACCUGCUGCCUGCCAGCUCCAUGGAGCAUCGCUGCUGAGAUGGGCAGGGGGCUCUGGGGGGUGGGACUGUGGGCUCUGUGCAAGGUGUGGCCCUGGGAUAUUGAAUGCCUGCCAGGGACAAGGGGAGGAGGGAUGGGUAAAGGAGGACUUCUGUGUGAGAGAUGCUCUUUUGUGGUUGUGUCUGCCCUUGGAUGCUUGAUGAAAAUGCCCCCCGAGCUGGAGAACAGGAGUAGGAGGAGGCAGAGGUGGGGUGUCUCUAGGAGAUGCCUUGUAGUGCUUGUUCUGGGUCACAGGAACUGGGGAGGGUGAUGGGACUCCAGCCAGGGAGGAUGCAGAAUGUGCAAAGUACCAUAGGAAGGAGAGUGGCUGGGUAGGGUGGAGUAAGGCUGGGAGGCCUUGACUGUGUCCCCUCAGCUUGGAGCUGUAAGCAGCAAGAGGCUAGCAGCUCUCCCACCCUGUUUGUCUGUGGCAGGGAGAGGGAGCUGAGCUCCUUUCUCACUGCUGCAGGACAUUGUAAAAGGUGCCAGCCUGACUGUGGUCGCUGCUCCCUGGGCUCCAGUGCUGGCACAGGGAUCAGACAGCCUAUGUCCUAUUUCAAACCUGCCCUAAGGGAAACAGACAGGGCAAGUGGGUACAAGACUCCUAUUGUUCAGGCUUGCCCCCUUUCUCCUCUUUUAGAGACCUAUGAAAGAGAGGGGACGAGGGGCACUGCUCCCCUCCAGAUCUGUGCAGGAUAUGUUUUUCUAGCUACCCCCAUCCCCUCAGCUGCUGCCAGGAUGUAGAGCAACCCAGACAGCCAAGGAGAAACCCAAGGACAGAACUUGAAUCUUGAUGGGGAGGCGUUGCUUUGCCUGGGUUUGGAGGGGAGGAUGUGAGCCCCCUGACAUUGUGUUCCCCAUACUCUCUCCAGGCUGCCGGGGGAAAACCUCACUGCCCGAGACCAUGUGGAGCAAGGCAGCAUCUUUCCCAGGGUGCUGAAGCUGCAGACUUUAUUCUUGCUGCGCUUCAGACAGUUCGUAUUUCACUUCAGGAAACCAGCACAACUGUAAAUAAAAUAAUAAUAAAAAAGAAAAACAGGGGAAAAAGAAACAACCUUAGACACUUCACAUCACUUGCUCUGGGAUACUUCUGGGUUCAGUUAAAACCAAGUACAAUGGCUUUUGUUCUGCUAAGGGUCUGCACUGACGCUUGCCAGUGUUUCAGUUAACUCCAGUUCAGUUCCUCUAGGUUGACCAGCCCUAGGGCCUGCAGGUCAGCACUUUUGUAGCCUAGAGAAUGUCAGGGACAAUGCCUGACACAGCCUGUGUUCCAGAGAAACACUCAGCAAAUAAUUUAAGGUUGAUCUGAAAUGAACUUUUCUGGGGAUGAAAAAGUGUAUUUUUAAGCUGUGAAAGUUUUUAUGGUAAGGUUAUAUAUUUACUUUUUUAAAUUUUGUUUUUAAUUAUGAGGAAAAAAUUAUUUAAAAUGUAAAGGUCAAAAUAUUUGUUUUAAAAUAUGGAAAAAUGCAACAGUUAUUGUUUUGUUUACAGAACACAAGUUCAUUAGUUCCCUAUACUAUGUGUGAGAUGAUUAUUUAAAUACAAUAUUCAAGACUCCUUUCUAUUUCCAGUCCCUUUUCUUGCAGCCUAACUCCAACAUCUGCCUGACUCUGCUAAAAAAGCAUUUAUGCAGAGGGUUGUUUUAGUACUGAUGCAGAGGAAACUUGCUAUUUCUGUCCAGAGAAAACUGCAAUGACAUUAGUGGCAAUUAUGCUUUUCAGACUCUGUUUACUGUACAUGUUGGUAACUCCUGUUGUAAAAUUUGGGUUUGGUCUGAAAGCAGCUGGUUCUGCUGCUUGCAAGGAGAAGCUUUUUUUCAAGGCAGAAGAGACUUCUACAGCCUUGGGCACUUGCUAACUGGGAAGAUACUGAUUUCCAAGGUGUCUGGAGAAGAACAGCAGAAAUGAGCUGCCAGCUGAUGGGCAUACUUACACAGAUGCAAAGACUCUGAAGAAAUCAGAUAUAUCCACAGAAGAACUUGAGCAUCUGAGUACUGUACAACUGCCUCUCUGACUUCCUAAAUCCUGACUUGGCUGCCAGUGUAAGUCUGUAGGUACUAAAAGCUUUUUUCUAGUGAAAUUUUUUGUGCCUAGAAAUCUGCUCCUGAGCAUGCCUAAAUCAGUUUAAUUCUGUAGCACUUAUCUCUGUGCUUGUACAGAUAUGGGGAUAUCUCUGUUGGGACUGGGCAUACUGUAUAUCCUGUGAGGGAGGCAACUCUGCAUCCCGACACAGGAGACCCUGUGCCAGGCCACACUAAGUCAGCAGAGGCUGUAAACUUAACUCAUUCCCUCCAUCCUUUUGAGUCUAUGCCUAGAUGUGCUUCUUCGGUCCCACCUUCAAUGUGUGUGCAGAUUAUGCUCCUUCCUCUUCCUGUUUGAAACGCUGAAUUAGGGGGCAUAGCUCUCACCCGCAGGCUGAGAGAUCAAGCUUCCCCUCUUUCACAUCCCAGGGGAACAACUGAACCUCUGGACUACUUUGUGAAUGUGGUCAAACUCUCUGGCUUGAAACAGUUUCCUGUUUGUAUGACUUUCUCACUGUUGCUGGAUCAGAAGAGGAAAGCAAACCCUCAAACACUACCUUGCAGCAUAGUGGUUAGGGUGUAAUCUCCAAAGAGGAAUUGUCUAGGUAUUUUUUCACUGUAAGCACAGAAGAGAAAUUGGAUCCAGGUCUCCGCUUUCCAAGAACAAUGUUUACCUUGCUGCUAGGUCCUGGUCCAAUUAAAGUUUCAGUAUGUUGUGCAAGUGUUUGAGGCCUUUCCACAGGUAUAGCAUCCUAGUGAGUUGAAGAAUUUGCAAAAAAUUCAUUUGAGUCUCACAUGUUCUGAGAGAAGGCUCUAACGUCUGUGCUGCAGAUGAAGAAAGCUGCACAGUUGGAUGAGAAAAGGAUACCAGGAACUCUUAAGUCCAGAAUUCAGAGAGACAUAAUGUGUCUCUAUAGGCCAGGAGAAAGUAUCUAAAUUAAGGAGACAGAAGGAAUCUCACAGCCAGAUGCUCUUCUUACUGUUUGCUUUUGAACAGCAUAAUUUCUUGCUUAACUUGCUGGGAAUUUAUUCUCUAUCUGAUGCUUAAAUGUUCUUGUGCAUUAAAUAAAGAACUAUCCAAGUGUCUAAA